AGCCUCAAAGGGUUUAAAUUGCGCGCCCCUGGGCGCGAGUUGCGGUGCGCGUGCAAGAGGGGAGCGGUGGCUGUUUGCAAAUUAGCCGGAGCAGAUCAAAUGAGUUCUUCCAAGCAACUCGGCCCGGCAGCGAGUGAUGGCGAAGCUCCUCGGCAGAGCCCAGAAGGCACAGCCGCCCUGACGCAGCCCCUCAGCCAGAGGCCGGGCAGCCCAGAUUCCAACGGGGGCCUUUGCCCACCUCCUGAGAGGAAGAAGGAUUCCGAGGGUCAUCAAAGCACCAUCUCGAGAUGCUCCGAUAAUGUGGCAGAAAGCAGCGAAAGCAAAGUUGAGAAACCUCUGGAGAACUUUGUUCGUGACUCAUCGUCCACCUCGGACAACUCUUCCAUUCGUCCUGGUGAUGGAGAGGAAACAUCAGUGUCCCACAUGAAACGAUCACGUUUGUCCCAGAGACCUAGAGACUCCGACAGAAGGUCUGGCCAAGACGUCAAUCUAUUGUUCUUGAGGCUUCCUGAGCAGAACGUAGAUGAUGGAAUGGUCAAACAGGAAGUUCAAUACAUCAAGGAAUUCAUUUCUUGGACGGUGGUGUACAAUCUGUAUUUGGAGGGAAGCUUCCAAGCCUUCUGGGCUGUCCGAGACAUUCUGCAAUUGUACGGCCUAACCAAGAAUCACCCCAGAUGCAUGCCUGGAUUAAUUCGGUGUGCGGCUGCUGUUCAGAGCUGCCAAUGCCAAGAUCCUACCGCUAUCCUCGCGUGUCUGGAACGCCACUCGCUGUUUCCCAAGGCGCAAAUCUGCAUCGCGAAGAAUCUUCCAGAUUUGGAGAGUUGCAAAGAGAAAGCGGCCUAUGUUCGGGCAGUGAUGGCGGCCAUUGUGCUCUUCGCUGGAGGUGUUUGCGAUAUUCAGAAGCUGGUGGGCUGCCUCCAAAGGCUCACCUCUCACAGGUGGCGGAUGGACAUCAAUGAAAUGUUGUACUGCAUGGCCACCCUCUUUUAUGCCAUGCGAGAGAAUGGGGUUGAGAUCAGCAACAGGUUUUAUUACAAUGUUUUUUAUUAUUUGCGUAUCGUGGAGAAUUGGCCCUAUAAGGACUCCAACCCUGAAUUACUGGAUUGUAGGACUGACUUAAAGCCUACCAGAGAACAACAACAGAUCUUGAACCACGCCUUUAAAAAACCUGGAGAGAGGGUAAAAAUUGAGGCUUUUGCAGGCACCGGGAAAACGUACACACUGAUCCAGUACACCAAGAAAUGGCCCGAGCUUAAGUUCUUGUACUUGCCAUUCAACAGUUCCGUCCGAGAACAGGCGAAGCAGCUUUUCCCUGAGAACGUCACCUGUGAAACCUUCCACUCCUUAGCUAAGGAAGCCCUAGAAAAAUUUUACGGAAGGGAACUUGACUGCUGCUUGUUGACGUCCUAUGUGGUCAGCUUUCUCCAAUCCAAUUGCCAGGAAAAGCCUCCGUUCAUAGCCAAGAUGAUUGUUCAGACCCUCGCUGCUUUUUUCGCUUCGGCGGAUGGCUCUAUCACUGUGCACCACAUGCCCAAAUGGUGCAAGAACAACUGCGAGAAGUAUGGAUUUGGUGCUGAGGAGCUAUGUCAGAUCAUUGUUGAAGAAGCAAAAGAAAUAUGGAGGGAGAUGCAGACGCUGAGCCCAACUGGGGAAAUGGCUCACCGAAUAACGCAUGAAGGUUACUUGAAGCUUUGGCAACUCCAGAAGCCUUCGCUUUCUGAUUAUGAUGUCAUCUUGGUGGAUGAGGCCCAAAAUUGCACCCCCGCUAUGGCAGACAUUGUCCGCUCACAAAAGUGUAGUGUGAUCUUGGUAGGAGACCCACACCAAAAGAUCUACUUCUUCCGUGGUGCUAAUAACACAGUUUUCAACAUCCCUCACGACCACAUCUUUUACCUGACACAGAGUUUUCGCUUUGGCUCCGAAAUCGCUUACGUGGGCGCGACCAUUCUGGAUGUCUCCAAGGGAGUCCGGAAGAAAACGCUGGUGGGGAACAAGCAGGAAAGUGACGUCAGUGGGGUCGGCGUGGAGGGGACGGUGGCCCACUUAUCCCGGACCAACAAAACUGUCUUUGAGGAUGCUGUGAAGCUUACCUGUGGAGACACACCUGCUAAGAUACACUUGCUCGGGGGACUUGAAGCCUUUGACAAGAUUCGUGAUAUCUGGGCGCUUCGUCAUCCUGAAGAGAAACUCGAGAUACAGGAUCCCUUCAUCAAAAGUUGGGAAAAAAAAGGCUUCAAGAGCUUCAAGAACCAUGCUAAAGAAACAGAAGACGAAGAACUAAAAUCAAAAAUUGCAAUUGUGGAGGAGACUCAGGGUUCUAUUCCGGAUCUGUUGGACAAAAUAUCCCAGCACCAUGUCUCGUCUCCAGAAGAUGCAGACCACAUCCUAGGCACUGUGCACAAGGCCAAGGGGCUGGAGUUCAACACGGUCCAAAUUGGUGGGGACUUUGAGAACAUCCAGCUUGCAAUGGGAUGCUACCCUGAAAAGGUGCCUGGGAUUGAAGCCACCACCCUAGACAUUGAGUGGAACUUGCUGUAUGUCGCUGUCACGCGAGCCAAGAAGCGUCUCAUCCUGCCCAGAUUGUUUGCUUCUGUCCUAGAAAAGGCCAAGGAAUACUGCAUACGGUUUGAACUCGCCAACAAAGUGCGCGAAACGACAUCGCUUUGGUGUUUGGAGGACGGCUGCUGUAACGCCAUCCCAGCGGAUUCUUUCCUAAUCCCGAAAAGAAUGAAGUUUGCUUACUCGGACGGCAGCGAAACCUCCGAGAUAUUACUUUGUCCUUCUUGCGCAGCGUGGAUCCUCGGCCCCGUUGCACACCUCGCAGGAUCUCCCACGAUGGUGCAGGAGGCUGCCCGUGCUCCAGAAGUCAUUGAGAUUCCACCUGAGUUUCGCCACCUCCUCGAAGACCUUUGAGUUCUUCACACACAAAAAUAAAAAUUGCACUGGGCAUUUUUCAAAGCAAAAAGAAAGCAAAGAAUGUAGAAAGGAAGGGGUCCUAUUGAUGUGAGAGCGAUGCUGUUGUUGUGGUGCCUGGAGAGUCAGAAUCAGAAGGGACCUUGGGGGUCUAGUAGUCCAACCCCCUCCUCAAACAGGAGGCCCUGUGCUAUUUCAGAUAAGUGGCUGCCCAGUGUCUUCUUAAAAAACCCCAGUGAAGAAGCCCCCUACAACUUCUGGUGGCAAUCUGUUCCACUGGUUAAUUGUCCUCACUGUCAGGAAGUUUCUCCUCCAUUCCAGGUUGCUUCUCUGCUUGAUUAGUUUCCACCUGUUGUUUCUUCUCCACCCAAGGGGGGGACUGUGCACAAAUGAUCGGCCACACCUCUACACGGUGGUUUUACGGUGCUUCCCUUCCAUCCUGGAGCCAGCAGAACAUCACAGCACCCACAGUACACCCUUGUCGCAUACCUGGGGACGUCUGGGCUGCUGUCCUUACGGCUUCCCCAUUUCUCCCUCUUGCACAGCCGGUGGUUCCCUUGGCUGAAAUGUCCAACUUUUGCCAUCCUAUCAAAAGGAAUAGCAACAGCCCCUAUAGACUUAUAUACCGCUUUACUGCCCCCUCUAAGCGGUUUACAGAGUCAGCCUCUUUGCCCCCAACCAUCUGGGCCGUCAUUUUACCCACCUCCGAAGGACGGGAGGCCGAGUCAACCUUGAGCCCGUCAGGAUCGAACUGCUGGCAGUGGGCAGAGCCAGCCUGGAUGGGAUCCUGCAUUCUAAGCACAGCGCCCCCUUGUAUUGUGUCGUAUUGUGGUUGUAAGUUGAGUUGACUUCCUCUAUCGUUCCGGACAAACGUCCGGUCUCUUCUUAAAAACUUCCAGUGUUGGAGGAAGAGCCACGAUUUCGAGGUAUUAAUUAUUAUUAAUCAUGAAUUGUUCUCCCUGUGAUCUCCUUGCGGUCCAAGAGACUUCUCCAGCACAAUUUGAAAGCACCCAACUCUCACAGCCCUACAUUACAACCAGGCUUCAUUCAGUGUGUGGGUUUCUGGAGAGAAAUCCUAAGCCAAAAUGUAGUUUGCUUAGUUUUGAUUUAGCAUGUUUCUAAACCCAGUUUGUAAAUCAUGCUAUGUGAUUUUGGUACUGUGAAUCCCAAUUGUGGCUUAGCUAACCAAUUAUGGUUAAGUAGCAAUAGCAAAAGCACUUAUAUACCGCUUCACAGCAGUUUAAGGACUAUCUGUAUCCCCAAUCCUUCCCUCCCUCCCUCCCUCCCUCCCUUCCUUCCUUC